AUGAACGGUUUGUAUUCAGGCUAUAGUCCCUUAGCCAAAAUGAACUUGAACAUAAUGGAACCGUUGGCGGAGGUGGACGGUUUCGAGCCCCAAACUAGGGCCCGUUCCAACACGUGGCCUUUGCCAAGGCCGGAGAAUUUCGUGGAUCCGGAGGAUUCCGGAGCGCAAAAUUGCCCGAACGGUGCCAACGGCGGCGGAGGGAUGAAUUGCGAGGGCGGCAACAAGUGUCCUGUGCCGAAUUCGAUAAGGCACAAUUUGUCGUUACACAAUCGAUUCAUGCGGGUGCAAAACGAAGGUACUGGAAAGUCGUCGUGGUGGAUGAUCAAUCCGGACGCGAAGCCGGGAAAGUCGCCCAGAAGAAGGGCGGUUUCGAUGGAAACUAGUAAAUUUGAAAAAAGAAGAGGCCGAGUGAAAAAAAAAGUAGAAAUGAUGCGCAACGGAACUCUACCCGAUCAACCACCUAGUCCUAGUUCGUCGAUAUCAGAAAGUUUAGACUUAUUUCCAGAAUCACCAACCAUACACAGUGGCGGCGGUUUUCAAUUGAGUCCAGACUUCAGACCGAGAACUUCUUCACAAUCUUCAGCAAGAUUAUCGCCGAUUCCUUCAGUUGGAAUCGAAUCCGAAUGGGGUUUCAGCGGUACGAAUUUCAGCAAUUCAGAUAUGAUGAACGGUACUACUGGAGGCAGCAACAAUGGCAAUUAUUCCCCUGAUCAAUUGGCUGGAAAUUUGGAGUUGAGGAUGAAACUGGAACCUGGUCAAUAUAUGGGUCACCAAUACAUGGAAACCCGGUUACCACCAAGACCACCUUCUUCAAGUCCACCUUUGACACCACAAAGUCAAGGUACCCCAUCUUCGAUGAGUACCAUGAUGGGUCAGUACAUCGGCGCCCUAAAUGUGAGCGAGGACCUCAACAUACACGUCGACUCAUUGCCUGGAGGUUUUGAUUGUAAUGUCGAGGAUAUAAUCCAGCAAGAACUGAACGCAGAAGGCUGCUUAGAUUUUAACUUUAGCGGGCAACAACAGGCCAUGGUGCAACAGGCAGCUGAAGCUUCGAUAGCUUCUAGUCAUCAAACGGCGCCGCCUCCGACUUAUUCUCAAACGGUGGUCACGUCUCCGUCGUGGGUUCAUUAG